CUUGUAUUUUCAUUUUUGGUAAAUAAACAAAAAGUUGGCGUCAGUCAAGGAAACUACCGUGACGCUUUCAUCCGUGUUUAUUUGAAGUUAAACAAGUGUCGUCAUGUCAAUUCACAAGAACCUUCAUAAAAAGUGCUGAAGCCCCGCCUGCCACGCUGCCGAAACUCCGCCCACCCUAUAAGUUUAUUCUAGCUCAGAGACACCUCAGCCAACCACUCAAACAGGUAAAGGUGUGCUGAGCGUUCUGCCUGGAGCCAAACACGGGAGCACAGCUGCCAUGGCUGAGUCUCAGCUAGUAUGCAUGGACGAUGAACAUGUCAACGUGAAAAUACCGGAGUCCAAACCGGAGUUUUAUUACAGCGAGGAGCAGCGGGCCGCGCUCGAGCAGCUCUUGAAGAACGGGGAUGGCGCGUUCAAGAUGCGUCUCAAAGAGGAUAAUGUUAAAGACUUUCUCUCCGCGAGGGAAAUCAAAUGGAUUCGGGAAACCUUCCAGGAAUAUGACAGCGACUCGGACACCUGCUGCUCACGGUCGCCCCAUGAUACGAGUGAAGACUCAGGCGUGCACUCAACCUACUGGCCGACCAUGUCUGACACGGAGAUCCCUCCGCUGGACAUCGGUUGGCCCAGCAACGGCCAUUACAAAGGGGUAACUCGGGUGUCGGUUUACACCCACCCACCCAAAUCCAACAGUCCGCAUAUUAAAGAGGUGGUCCGCAGACUCAUUCAAGAAUCCACAAAGCUGGUUGCGGUGGUCAUGGACCUGUUGACGGACCUGCUGAUCCUGCAGGAUCUGUUAGACGCUGCCAGUAAGAGGGGGGUGGCUGUGUACCUGCUGCUGGAGGAGCACGGCUUGCCACACUUCCUGGACAUGAGCAGCAGGCUGCAGAUUUCUGUGCAACACCUGAGGAACCUGCGUGUGAGAACUGUGAGAGGCUCUGGCAUGCCUCUGUCCUUCGGUCGUCUGCCUGGAUCGCUGUGCUCCAAGUACAUGUUGGUAGAUGGAGAGAAAGUGAUGUUUGGAUCAUACAGUUUUACGUGGAGUGCCUCUAGGAUGAACCGCAACACAAUCACUGUGAUGUCAGGACAAGUGGUUGACUUCUACGACAAUGACUUCAGAGAGCUGUAUGCGGUGUCUGAUAAGGUGGACCUGUAUCGUGAGUUUCACAUUAGUAAGCCGGCCCUGUCAGUCCCUGUGCUGAAAACGCCAGCGGAACCCAACAAACUCACAGUUCCUGUAUCCAUGUCACGCUUCCAGAUCUCUGUAGGGGACUCCAUCCAGAAAGUGCCUGCACAUAAAUACCAUAAUCCCAAGUACUCUUUAGUCGUCGGCAACAGUCUAGGUGUGACUGGCUCCCUGCAGGAUCUUUCUAAGCUGAGAGACUAUGUUGACCAUGCCCCUGUUAAUAACAUGGAAAAAUUAAUCUACUCCAAUGGGGACGGUGUACGUCCACAGUCCCCUACAUCCCCAGAUGGGACAGAGGAGGGUAAGAAGCCUUCACUGUUUGGUUCUAAAAAGCAGCGCUCUUCCUUCCGGAAUUUCUUGAAAGGCAGAGCAAACAACCAGAGCCCAGACCCUCUCUCUAAAACAACCCAUCAAAGCACGGAUGUGAAACAGAUCAGUCAGAAAGACACUAAGAUCACCAGCAACUCCAGGGAAGCUUCUUGGUUGGCCGGUCAUAUUAAAGAGCAAGAGGACGUAUCCAAACACGUGACUCCCGCUCCUCGCAAGAUCUCCGAGACUGACAGCACUGGUGAAGUCCAAGACACAUUUGAGACGAUAGAGAGUCCACCACAGGUGAAGUUUAAACUCAAGAAGAACAAAAUGGGCCCAAGGAGUGUUUCUCUUCAGACCAUUGCCACAGAUAGUGAGGAUGGCCCGAGAGGACGGAGGCGUAACCAGAAGAAGGCCUGUAUUCAGUCCUGAGGCAUCUCUGCAAAAGGAAUCAACUAGAACGUGUGCUUUUAGAUCAGGAUUUUGGAUACAAGACACGUUUCUGAGAGAAUGUUAACAAUAUAUGCUGUAAAAAAAAAAAUAGGGCAUUUUUCUUUAUUAUAUUCAGCUUUGACAAGAUGUGGAUAGUGAUUCUCCCUACAAUAAUAUUGAUUCAGCUGUCAGCUGAAAAACGAAGUAUUGGUUCUGUGUUUUUAAAGGGAAGUGAGGUUGUUUGAACAACCUCCAAAAUGCUGCUGACACUGCGAGGAGCUGGCGUCAGAAGAAAAAAAAUGACUGAACUUUAGUGUGCCUUCUGUGAUCAUGUGACCUCCUGCCGGUUACAAAGGUGGACUGCAGAGAGCUUGAAGAUGUAGCAUGUUUCACAUAUUUCCUGUUCAGCAGAUCUUAACCCUGCACAUUGACCCAGGCCUAAUCAGUUGCACUUAUCCAAUCCUCAAGCCUGUGUGGCUCCCUCGGAGCUCCAUAUCAAAUCUUGGAAAACAGAUGACAGAUAAAAACAUGCCCGAUCAGUUACCAUUGAAGGUGCGGUCACAUUUUCCAUUGCUCAGCAAAAUUUCCCAGGCCAAAUCCACACAUUUCAAUAUGAAUCUGUAAUAUGGAGAGUUUUGCUUGAGGGGGAAAAGGUUGCAGAUACAGAUUUAAUUUGCUCCCAUGAAAUCGCUGCACUGGUCUUCGAGCUGCUUGGUUUGAAAGUGACUUUUAAAUAAUUUUGUUCAAAAAAAGAAGAAGAAGAAGAAAAAAAAUCACUCAAGCAAUGUAAAAUGAAUGGCUUUGUGUAUAAAUUGAAUGAUUUUUACACUUGUAUUACUUUAUAGAUAUAAAUGUCUGCACUGUGUCUUUAAGAAUUUACACAGAACACAUUCUUGAUUUAAAGAUGCUGUAACAAAACAGCAGAACGUAUAAGACCACUUUGGUUUUAUAAUAAAAAGCAGACAUCUGUUGUGCAUGUUUACAUAAAAACAAUCAAUUACAAUGUAGCACAUUGAAAAACACAGACAAACGUCUGUGUGAACCAAUGGCCCUCGGGAAUAAUAGAUGUUAUGCAACUGAUUUUUAGAUCAAGAGUGCCAAUAAAUAAAGGGCUGUGGCCUUAAAUACA